AUGGACGACUCAUUAUACGUGAUGCCUCCGCCAGAGGGCGAGGUAAGGACGAGAAUCAACCCUCCGGAUACGUCUGGGGGAGUUUUCCCAGUCGGAAUCGCAACCACAGUGAUUGCCUUGGUCGCGGUGGCUCUGCGCAUCUUCACGAGGACGUUUGUGGUACGCGGGAGUUUAGGUUUGGAUGACUACCUUGCGAUGAUUGCUAUGGCGCUGUCUCUUUCUUAUUGCGGUCUGGCUCUUCAUCUCGUUCCGCUCGGCGCCGGCAAGCAUCUAUGGGAUAUUCUCACGGUCGACUACAGCCCCCCAUUCCUUCUUACAACUCUAGGAAUCACCAUCACAUAUUCGACAUCGGUGUCAUUCUCGAAGCUUUCUAUCCUCGCCUUUUAUCUCCGUCUGUCACCCGAGAAGAAGUUCAGGUUGACAGUGUUCAUUCUUCUCGGCAUCGUAUCGGCAUAUACCGUUGUAUAUCAACUCAUCAUCAUCUUCCAGUGUCGGCCGGUUCAGAUGAGCUGGGAUAUCACGGUGAAGGGAACUUGUAUCGGCAAAAUGAUCCCGAUGAUGACGCUCGGCGCCGCCAACAUCAUCAUUGACAUCAUCAUUCUCUUGAUACCUGUGAGAGUUGUUUGGUCGUUACAGAUGGCUCGACGACAGAAGGUUUCGCUGGUUCUUCUCUUCGCCACGGGUGGCUUCGUCUGCGCUGCUGCUAUCCAACGAACAGUGAUCUUGCCGCCGCUCCUCGAAAGCUCCGACUACACAUGGGACGUCCCUCCGCAGAUGAUUUGGGGCUUCAUCGAAGUCAAUGCCGGGUUGAUUUGCGCAGCGGUACCGGCGCUGAAGCCGUUCUUCAUGCGAUACCUCCCCUUCAUCAUAUCAUCGACACUUCGAUCUUCACAGGGACGAUCCGGAUACGGGCCGUACUCGAAACAUGUCGACAAAGGCAGCAAGAAGCAUGGAGAUGGCGCUCAAACGUUUGAGCUGCCAAGUCGAGACGACUUGCCUGGAGGGUCAGGACAAGACCCGAAUGACGACGAGGCCAAGCUCUGGUCAUCGAAGGGGUCGCAAAGCAGGAGAAGGAACUUUGACAAGAACGAAUCGGAUACGGCGAGCGAUAAGACAGACAAGCAGAGCGACAGCAUUGGUAGCAUCGAAGUCCAGUACCCCGGGAGAGUCGGCCCUGCUACCGUCGUCUCGACAUGGGGGCGCGGAUCAGAGGACUUUCAAACACCAAGAGAAGGCAUUAACGUGACGAGGGAGACGAGGAUUUCUUAUGCGAACAGGUGA